AGGCACUCGUCCGAGUGACAACAUUCUUGGUCACGUGUCAGCGAUAGUCAGCUGAUUGGUGCUCACCUUCCGGAAGAGUUGUGCAUAGCUUUGCAUUUAUUGAGAAAUAACAGAAGUAACAUCUAAACGAUUGAUUAAAUAAGAGAAGCAAUGGAGUCAAUACUGGAACAGCAUUUGGACGAAACGAUGAAGAAUCCUGCCAUUGUUGGAAUUCUUUGCACAGAUGAACAAGGACACAACUUAGGAUGCCGUGGUUCCCUAUCAGACGAGCAUGGUGGUGUUGUAUCUGUAUUGGCCAGUCAAGCAUCAAAACUCAGUUCAGACCCCACAGACAGUCCAACAGUUUGCUUGGAGUCUGAUUCAGGGAACAUCUUGAUCAGGAAACACAAUAGCACCACAGUGGCAAUACACAAGAUGAAUUCUUGAAGAUUUUACUUUGUACUGUGUGUACGCAAGUUUACUUUGCCACAGAACCUAACAUUACAUCAUAUGGGUUUUUACUCUUCAAGGUAUUGAAAAUGUUGGGGAAAAAAAUUAAAUGUGUAAAACCUACACAGUGUAAAUGGACUGUCCUUAAAUUGGACAUGGAGUCAGUCAUUAAGAGAAACCUAAAAGCUGUCUUAUUUAUUUUAUAUUAUGACUUUAAAUAACAGAAAUUUAUCCUACUAUGAGACUAAUUCUGAUCAGCAUGAAACUGUAUCGUUUAAUAAAUCUUGCAUUAAUUUAACUAUCA